CACUCACUCCCCUCAUUUUAAUCCCAAUUCUUUCAUUUCCGCCAUUCUUCACUUCUCCCAAAAGACACUCUCUCCGUGUCUCUGCAAACAAACCCUAAUUCGCCAUGGCCGGUGCAAAGAAGGCACCCCUAACCUCCAGCAACAAUGCCAACAUUCCACCGCCUGAAGCCACCACCUCCGCCGCUGGCAGCAAGAAAACCAUUGAGCAAAUGUACCAGAAGAAAUCGCAGCUCGAACACAUCCUCCUCCGCCCCGACACCUACAUUGGAUCGGUGGAGAAACACACCCAAACCUUAUGGGUCUACGACAACGACCACAUGGUCCAGAGAUCAGUCUCCUAUGUUCCCGGUCUGUACAAGAUCUUCGACGAAAUCCUCGUCAACGCAGCCGACAACAAACAGAGAGACCCCAAGAUGGACUCUGUGAAGGUGACUAUUGACGUCGCGUCCAACUCGAUUAGUGUGUACAACACUGGGGAUGGGAUCCCUGUUGAGAUCCAUCAGGAAGAAGGGGUUUACGUGCCCGAAUUGAUAUUUGGGCAUUUGUUGACGAGUAGCAAUUAUGAUGAUACUGAGAAGAAGACGACGGGUGGGAGGAACGGGUACGGGGCCAAGCUCACAAAUAUUUUUUCGACUGAGUUCGUGGUCGAGACUGCGGAUGGCAAGCGGCAGAAAAAGUAUAAGCAGGUUUUCUCCAAUAACAUGGGAGCAAAAUCCGAGCCAUCUGUUUCGAAAUGCAGAGCAACCGAGAAUUGGACUAAGAUUACUUUCAAGCCAGAUUUGGCGAAAUUUAGCAUGACAUGCUUGGAGGAUGAUGUUGUUGCUCUCAUGAAGAAGCGUGUGAUUGACAUUGCGGGUUGCCUUGGGAAAACAGUCAAGGUUGAGUUGAAUGGACAGGUGUUUCAGUUCAAGUCGUUCUCAAACUAUUGCGAACUUUAUCUGAAUUCUGUAGCUGGUUCUGGCUCAGAUCCGCUCCCAAGAUUUGAAGAGUACGUACACGAUAGGUGGCAGAUUUGUAUUAGUCGCAGUGAUGGACAAUUUCAACAGGUCAGCUUUGUGAAUUCAAUCGCAACAAUCAAGGGUGGGACUCACGUGGAUUAUGUUACUAAUAAGAUAGCAAGCCAUCUUGUUACUGUUAUAAAUAACAAGAACAAGAAGAACAAAGGCUUUGAUGUCAAGCCUCAUAAUGUAAAAAAUCAUUUGUGGGUUUUUGUCAAUGCACUCAUUGACAACCCUGCUUUUGACUCUCAAACCAAGGAGACCCUGACACUUCGUGCAGGAAGUUUUGGCUCAUCUUGGGAUUUCACAUCAAAAUUCUUGGACAAAGUGGCCAAGUCAGAUAUCAUGAAGAAUAUUGAGGAAUGGGCAGAGUUUAAACAACAGAAAGAUCUUAAGAAAACAGAUGGAUCAAAAAACAAAAGGGUCUUCGUAGAGAAGCAUGAAGAAGCUCACGAGUGGGGUAAAAAAGAGGCAGACCAAUGUACGUUGAUUUUGACAGAAGGAGAUUCUGCCAAGGCGCUAGCAAUUGCUGGUCUCACAAUUGUCGGGAAAAGACACUAUGGUGUGUUUCCUCUUAGAGGAAAGUUACUCAAUGUGAGGGAAGCGAGUCAUAAUCAGAUAAUGCAGAAUGCUGAGUUAACUAAGAUUAAGCAGAUUCUUGGUCUCCAGCAUGGUUUGAAAUAUGAUGAUGCCAAAUCACUCAAGUCACUCAAGUAUGGUCACGUGAUGAUUAUGACUGAUCAGGAUCAUGAUGGUUCCCACAUCAAGGGAUUAUUGAUCAAUUUAUUCCAUUCAUUUUGGCCAUCAUUGCUUAAAGUUCCUUCUUUUCUUCUGGAGUUCAUAACCCCUAUCGUCAAGGCUAAACAUAAGGAUGGCAGAAGAACGGAAGCAUUCUACACAAUGCCACAGUAUGAGGCAUGGAAAGAAAGGCUGGGGACUGAUGCGAAAAAUUGGACCAUAAAGUACUACAAGGGUUUGGGAACAAGUACAGGCGAAGAAGCUAAGGAGUACUUUCGAGACAUUGACAAACAUAAGAAAGAUUUUGUUUGGGAGAAUGAUGAAGAUGGUGAGGCAAUUGAACUUGCUUUCAGUAAGAAGAAGAUCGAAGCCAGAAAAAAUUGGCUCAGACAAUUUGAGCCUGGCACAUUUCUUGAUGAUGCAGACAAACACAUUAAGUACCGGGACUUUGUUCAUAAGGAACUGAUAUUGUUCUCAAUAGCAGAUGUUCAGAGAUCAAUUCCAUCCAUGGUUGAUGGACUGAAACCUGGACAAAGAAAGAUACUUUUCUGUUCUUUCAAGAGGAACUUUGUCAAGGAAGCAAAAGUGGCACAAUUCUCUGGUUAUGUAUCAGAGCAUUCAGCUUAUCAUCAUGGAGAGCAGAGCCUGGCUAGUACCAUAAUUGGUAUGGCCCAAGAUUACGUGGGCAGCAACAAUAUAAAUCUUCUGUUACCAAAUGGUCAGUUUGGUACUCGAGGCCAGGGCGGCAAGGAUCAUGCCAGUCCCAGGUACCUUUACACGCAGCUGGCUCCGGUAACUAGAUUUUUGUUUCCAAAGGCAGAUGACAUUCUCCUCAACUAUUUAAAUGAAGAUGGGCAGUCAAUUGAACCAUCAUGGUAUAUGCCAAUCAUACCAAUGGUUCUAGUGAAUGGAAGUGAAGGAAUAGGCACUGGAUGGAGUUCCUAUGUACCUAAUUACAACCCUUUUGACAUUAUACGAAACAUUAGGCAUUUGUUGAAUGAUGAACCGUUGGAGGUAAUGCACCCAUGGUAUAAAGGAUUCAUUGGUUCAAUUGAGAAAAAUGUGAUGAAGGAUACUGGAAGCUACACUAUUAGUGGAAAUGUAGAGGAAGUGGAUGAGAAUACUCUAAGGAUAACUGAGCUUCCAAUUCGAAGGUGGACACAGGAUUACAAGGAGUUUUUGGAGUCUGUUUCGUUUGACAAUGAUAAGAGCAUAGAUCCUUUCAUCAAGGAAUUCUGUGACAACAGUGGUGGAGAAAUAGUACAUUUCUCUCUUUGUAUGUCAGAAGAGAGGCUUCCAGCUGUCAAGCAAGAGGGCUUGCUUAAGAAAUUAAAGCUAUCCACGUCUAUUAGCACAAAUAACAUGCAUCUCUUUGACUCACGGGGUGUAAUAAAGAAAUAUGACACUCCUGAACAGAUUCUUGAAGAAUUCUUUUAUCUAAGGCUGGAGUUCUAUGACAAACGAAAAAAAGCUGUGUUAGCCAUUCUUGAGAAGGAGAUGCUGAAAUGUGACAACAAGUGUAGAUUUAUACAAUGUGUUGUCGAAGGUAGCAUCAUUGUGAGCAACAGGAAAAGGGCUGACUUGUUCCUUGAGUUGAAAGAAAAGGGUUUCACUCCAUUUCCAAAGAAGGAAAUUGCUUCAGAAGUUUCUGUGGCUGGUGCGGCUAAUGAUGCAGAGGAACCUGAGAGUGAAGUGCCAAUAGCCCAAGGGGCUUCUUCUGGUGAUUAUGACUACUUGCUGUCUUUGGCGAUUGGAACGUUGACACGUGAAAAGAUGCAACAGUUGCUUGCUGAGAUGGAAAAGCGUGUGGCAGAAGUGGAAGACCUUAAAUCAACAUCAGUGAAGUCCUUGUGGAUGAGAGAUAUUGAUGCUUUGGAGGCUAAACUUCUUGAGGAACUCAAUAAAUAUGAGAAAAAAUGGGAAGCUGAUAGAAAAAGGUUACAUGAGGGUGCGUAUCUGAAGAAAGGAGCACAAAAAAAUCCACGAAAGAAGAAUCAGAAGACAACAACCAAGAAGGAAUCUGCUGAAGAUCCAAUGGAAAUUUCUGAGAACACUAUGCCUGAAACUGAUAAAGUUGCUGAAGUCAAGAAACCGAGAGCCAAAGCACCUGCUAAGAAGAAGGCUCCAGCAGCUAAGACCACUGCAACUGCUGAUGAAGAUGAUGAUGACAUAGCUGAUCUUAGACAGAGAAUGGCUGCUUACAAUUUUGACUCUUCUCCUGAUCGUUCAGAAGAUCUUGAGUCAGAGGUAUCCCAGAUGCCAACGAAGAAACAACCAGCCAAAAGGGGUGCUGCAAAGAAGAAGCCUUCAUCAAGUAUUUCAGAGUUUGAUGACAAUGGUGAUGAUGAUGAUUUUGAGCAGGAAGAGAAGAAAAAGAAGGGCGGAAGGAAACCAGCUAACGGCAAAGCAGCAGCAAAACCACCUGUUGCUGCGACGAAGAAGAGAGCACCAGCUGGCAAACAGCUUGUAGGGCAGAAGCUGAUCACUCAGGUGCUGAAGCCUGCAGAAGUUUCUCCUGAUAAGAAAGUGAGGAAAAUGAGGGCAUCGCCAUUUAACAAGAAAAGCGGUUCUGUUCUUGGAAGGACUAUCAACGUUGAUGACGAAGAAGAUGAAACUUCAGAAGCCUCUGCUUCUACUUUGGGUAGUGCGAGUGAUGCUGCAGGUGCAGGUGCAGGUGCAGGUGCAGUAGCACCUGCGGUGGCAGCUAGGCCAAAGAGGGCCAACCGGGUGCAGAUGAGGUAUGUUAUAAGUGAUUCUGAGAGUGAUAAGGCUGAUGACACCGAUGACACUGCUGAAGAAGACGAUUUGGGCUUCAGUGAUGAUGAGGAUUAGAUUCCUUUUACUUGAUCUGGAACAUGUGAUUUGUUAUGUGAUGAAACAAAGUCUUUAGUCAUUUGUGUAAUGACUAACUAUGCAUCAUGUUAUGGAAUUCACCGUUCUCUCUCUC